AUGAUGCAGCCAUUCGACAGAACUCCAUGCCUGUCAAUCUGUAGAUGUAAUGUUAACAUAUGGAAGCAGCAUUUGUUUAAAGUGGUUUUUUUUCCUCCAUUGGUUUUGUCUGCAGAGCCACAGCUGAAAGGCAUUGUUACCCGGCUGUACAGCCAACAUGGAUACUACCUGCAGAUGCAGCCCGAUGGCACCUUGGGCAGCACAAAGGAGGAAGGAAGCUCUUUUACACAGUUCAACUUAAUUCCGGUGGGGCUGAGGAUUGUGGCAAUUCAAGGCACAAAAACAGGGCUGUACCUUGCCAUGAAUGGAGAAGGAUACCUUUAUACAUCGGAGAACUUCACUCCAGAGUGUAAGUUUAAAGAGAGCGUGUUUGAGAACUACUACGUUACGUACUCGUCCAUGCUGUACCGUCAGACGCAGUCUGGACGCUCCUGGUAUAUCGGCAUCAACCGUGACGGUCAGAUUAUGAAGGGCAACCGGGUGAAGAAGACCAAGGGAGCCGCACAUUUCCUGCCUAAAGUUAUAGAAGUUGCGAUGUACAAGGAGCCGUCGCUUCACGAGCUCGCCAGUGAGCCGGUSAGUCCCCCUCGGAAGGCGGCAAAGACUUCAGAUUCUCCAUCCCUGAAGAAUGGACGGAGGGAAUCUGCCAAGGCUGAUGCCUCCUAGCASAGGAGACUGAGGGUGGGACAGAGGGCGCAAGUGACACUGGGAACUCAGCUGCCCAUGAUGCACUGAGGGUGGCUAAAGGAACAGCACUCAAUGGCCACCACGCUCCAGAAGUGCACUACAAGAUGCUGAGGGUUAGAGAACCGAGAAGGCCGAGAGAGGAGUCCCUGCCCCCUCCCAAAGAAAAGCCCAGGGUUUAAGAAAAGGCCCUGCCCCCACCUCCUGUUACACUCUACCCCAGUGAAACCUCACAGGUUCCUGCAUAAUUUUUCUUUUGGCAAAGACAAGCUUUUUGUCUCUUCUUA